CGCCCCCCGCGGGGGUCCCGCCGGCCUCUUCGCUGGUCCUGGGGUGCCUGGCGGGCGGCCCGCUCCCCCCUGGGCCAGGCGGGGGGCUGCUGCGAGGGCUCAACCCAGCCGGGGCCAACGCGUACCGGCCCAUGGGGCCCGCCGCGCAGUUCCAGCGCCCCGGGAUGUUACCUGGCGGCCGCAUGCCCAUGGCAGGGAUGCAGAUGGGAUCCGCCGCAGGAUCUCUCUAUGGAACGCCUUCUCCGAUGAGAUCUGGAAUGCCGCAGUCCAUGAUGGAUCCCUUCCGGAAGCGCCUGCUGCCUCCGCAGGCCCAGCCGUCCCCUGCGCUAACCCAAAGGCGAGGGCUGAAACGGAGGAAGAUGGCUGACAAGGUCCUGCCACAGAGGAUCCGGGAGCUCGUCCCAGAGUCUCAGGCCUAUAUGGAUUUGCUGGCCUUUGAACGCAAGCUGGACCAGACGAUCGCCCGCAAAAGGAUGGAGAUCCAGGAGGCGAUCAAGAAACCUUUGACGCAAAAGCGGAAGCUACGGAUUUACAUCUCCAAUACCUUCACUCCUGGGAAGGAGGACUGCGACGGUAGUGAGCGGAUAGCAUCAUGGGAACUUCGUGUGGAGGGCAAACUUUUGGAUGAUCCAAGUAAGCAGAAGAGAAAAUUCUCCUCCUUUUUCAAAAGCCUGGUCAUUGAGCUGGACAAAGAACUGUAUGGGCCGGACAACCACUUGGUGGAGUGGCACCGGGUCGCCACAACCCAGGAGACGGAUGGCUUCCAGGUCAAGCGUCCGGGCGACGUCAAUGUGAAAUGCACUCUGCUGCUCAUGCUGGACCACCAGCCCCCCCAAUACAAGCUGGACCCUCGCCUGGCUCGCCUGCUGGGCGUCCAUACCCAGACUCGUGCCAGCAUCAUGCAGGCCCUCUGGCUGUACAUCAAACACAACAAACUUCAGGACAGCCACGAGAAGGAGUACAUCAACUGCAACCGCUACUUCCGCCAGAUCUUCAAUUGCAUCCGCAUGCGAUUCUCUGAGAUCCCCAUGAAGUUGGCGGGGCUGCUGCAGCACCCAGAUCCCAUCGUCAUCAACCAUAUCAUCAGUGUGGAUCCCAAUGAUCAGAAGAAGACAGCUUGCUACGACAUCGAUGUGGAAGUGGACGACCCCUUGAAGGCCCAAAUGAGCAACUUCUUGGCCUCCACCACCAACCAGCAGGAGAUUGCCUCCUUGGACGUCAAGAUCCAUGAAACCAUCGAGUCCAUCAACCAGCUCAAGACCCAGAGAGAUUUCAUGCUGAGUUUCAGCAACAGCCCCCAGGAUUUCAUCCAGGAAUGGAUCCGAUCUCAGCAGAGGGACUUGAAGAUCAUCACAGACGUGGUCGGGAACCCCGAAGAGGAGAGACGGGCCGAGUUCUACCAGCAACCCUGGAUGCAGGAGGCUGUUGGGAGACACAUCUUUGCCAAGGUUCAGCAGCGCAGGCAAGAACUGGAACAAGUGCUCGGCGUCCGUCUCACUUAGUGCCCUCGCCUCCAGCUCUCCCGCACCUCGUGGUACUUCGAACUGGACAGGCGCUUGUCUGGAAGCUUCGGUCCCUGCUGGGGCUGGGAGGAGUUCUGCUGGCUGCCCGUUGCUCUUGGGAGCACUUCUUCUUUUUUUAAAGGGAGGUCAAGGAGUGGGUUAAUCGCUAACCUCCCGGAAAUAUGCAAGGCGAAAAAGCUCUUUUUGCAGAAGGCGGCAGCGAGCUCCCCUCACUAGACCCCACCCCCACCACGCCUCCCCUCUGUGCUUUGCCUCUGGGACACGAGGAAAUGUUGUUCUGUUGUUUUUUACCUUCUACCUCUUGGCUAAGGUCUCAGCAGCCUCCUUGGCGAGGCGGUGGCUGCCGCUGCUCACUUCUAACCAAAGCUUUGUCCAUUCCAAUCCGCCAGCCUUGCUGGCCUCUUAAGUCUUUUGCAGGGCUUUUUCUAGCAGGAGCUCUUCGGCAUAUGAAGCCACGCCCCCCCCCGAUGUAGCCAAUCCUCCUGGAGCUUAGAGGGCUCUUCUUACAGGGCCUACUGUAAGCUCCAGGAUUGGCUACAUCGGGGGGGGGGGCAUGGCCUAAUAUGCAGAGGAGCUCCUGCUAGAAGGAGCCCUGGCUCUUUUGCACUAUCUUUCUUUUUGGGGGCGGGGGGGGGGGCAGUUUUUUUCUCUUACUAUAAUUUUGUGGGGGUUUUAUACAGAGGGAAAGAUUUGUUAAAGGUGCGAGGUUUUGUUUCCCUCCCAAUUUAAGACACCCCGGUGUUGCGCGGGGAGGGGUUUUGCUCAGGCCUUUUGCGCUCCUGUUUUGACAAUCAGUCGCUGUUUGUUGGCUCCCCGAAGCGUGCAAGGUUUUUUUUUUCGGAAGGCGGGGUGGGGGGACCGGUUUUGUUUUUCCUGCAGAGGCCUCGCUCUCGAAAACAUUCCCUGGGCCGUCAGCCAAGCGGGGGGGUGGGGUGGGGAGAUGGGGUAACCUCUGUCUCAGCCUUCCCAGUCUUCUCAAGUGCCUUUGCUCCCCCAAGGUCCCCCCCCCCCUCAGCACUUAAAUCGGGAAAAAUGCCCUUUCUGGGGGUCCGCCUCUUGAGAUGUACAGCUGGCCGAGCGGGCACUGGGGGGGGGGGGGGACGGGAACGUUCCAGUGAAGAUGUUGUGAUCGGUUUCCAUGUUGAAUGUUUUCUAAUAAAAAACACAUUCUCAAGCA